AUGGGCAUUCCACAGCUGACCAAACACCUUCUCCCCUACGCCGACUCAGUCGUGCUUGGAGAGGUCCCCGCGGGCCAAGAGGCGGAUGAGCAUACUAUUGAUGAAACCGCUCGGGUUCGGUCGGUCGUCAUCGAUGGACCUAGCUUGGUAUAUCACCUCUACUAUCGACUGCUUGCCUGGAUGAACCCUGCGCAUGAUGUGCUGGAUGUGCAGCCGACGUGCGACGAAGUCAGUCGUGCCGUGGUGACUUGUCUAUCGGAGUUGUCGAGGCGAGGCGUUCAAAUACGCAAGAUCUGCUUCGACGGAGCACUGCCCGUCUCCAAGCGAGAAACCCGACUGGCACGGAUUGAUAAAUCCAGACAGAAACUCGACGCCUUUCGUCGCAGAGAGCCCACGUCCAGCAGACAGUGGCGCGAAGAGGUCUCUCUUCCACCUCAUCAAUUAUGGCAGGGCCGAACUCUCCCCGCUCGGUGGAAGAAUCUCCCUGAGAACCCGUUCAUGGUUUCGGCAGUCUUUGAGGAUCUACGUACUCGGUGGAGUCGAGCGCAGAUUCUGUAUUAUACCGAUUGCGAGACGGCGGAUCUGCCAGAGGGAGAUUACCCGUGGGCUGAUCUCACAGUGAUGACGUCCGGAGAGGCAGAUGUAGAGUGUGCGAAUGUGUCGAAACAGACUGGAUCAGCCAUUUUGACUAAUGACUCUGACUUGAUCGUGCAUGAUCUUGGAGCGGAUGGGUCAGUGGUGUUCCUGAACUCGGUGCAUUUGAUCAGUGGGAUCGGUGAUGGAAAAGGGAUUGAAUCGCAAUCGCGAUCUGGAUCAGGCUCAGGCUCGGGCUUAGACUCGAGUUCCAAUUACAGGAUCAAUGCGAUGAGGCUGCACCCGCGAAAUCUUGCCCGUCGACUCGGAAUUCAUGACCUUCAGCUUUUCGCCUUUCAUCUGAAUGAGGAUCCUCAUCUCGGCUUUGCGGAGCUGGUUCGUCGAUCCCAUGGACAGGAAGGAUCGGUGUCUGUCAAGUACCGGGAGUUUCAGCGCGAGUAUCAGCAAGCUGCUGAAGAUUCACUCUCGGUCAGUAAUCUGCGGACCGUCAGUGAUUUGGACCCACGAGUCUCUGAACUGGUCUGGCAAUAUGAGCGCCGCGAUGUCUUCUGCGCCACCGGCAACCCGCAUGUUUACCUGGGUAUUCUGGUAGAAGACUCUUCCCGGCGAUGCUCGUGGGGCUUUGGAAGCUUCUAUCGAGUGCUAGGGUACUCUCUUCUUAACCAGGCGUAUCUGCUGGACAAGCGCUUCUCUGGUAUCAGCGAAUAUGCACGCCGAGGCACUCGUGUCGUAGCCGAACAAAUCACCCUCGACGAUGCAGAAACUGCACGUGUGAAUCUCUCGAGUGUCGAAGAAAGUCUCCAACUGGCACGAGACGCUUUCGAGGCAGAUGAUCAAUCUACAUUUUGGAUCAUGUUUGCCCUGGCUGAUAUCUAUUGCGAUGUUGAGAACCAGGCGUCGCUGCCUGACGCAGUACACUUGGAACGAUUCUUGACCAAGGGAUUCUUGGGGAAACGAACGGAAUGGAUAGAUAUUCAUCUGUGCGCUCAGAUCCACGCUGUUCUGUAUUCGCUUCGCAUUCUGCAGCAGUUGUUGCGCGUGUUGCCUGAUAGUGAGCACCUUGACGGGCGGAAUCGGUUGAUUCUACAAGAUUUACCUCCCUUACAUGGCCUCAUUCCGUCUCGUCAGGAGAUGGUUCGGCGGUUCUCAGGGAAUGGAACUGCCCAUCGCUUGGUUCAGAAAAUGUUUGCAACAUUCUGUUGA